AUGUCUCAUCCAGUGUUACUUACAGACCUUCCUGACGAGGUCUUGCUGCGGAUCUCCACAUGUGUCGCCGACCUAUUAGACUUCGAAUGCCCUUCGGAAAAGCCUCGAUGGAAUACUCAGACUUUUGGGCCGCUGAAACUCCCGGUUCGAUCUCUGAUAGAACUUCGCCGAAUAAGUCAUCGAUUCAAUCGUCUUGCUGAGCCGUUACUGUUUCGGACACUGAAGAUCACUGGGUGGGAGGAAGACGGCUCCGUAUCCGUUGUGACGUUACUACAUGUCAUGCUAAGUGGCGAAGAGGACUUAGGUCGUAAAGUCAAGUGUCUUUGGCUCGGGCCAUGGAAGCCUUCGAACACUUACGGGGGAGAGAGUUCUCUUUCACUUUUGCUCAGAGGAUUGGACAUUCAUAAUAGACCAUAUGGGCUGAGGUCUGUUGCACCAUUAUUGCCUUAUAUCGAGCGGUAUUUGCGAAGAAACGUUGUGUUCCUUGAUCCGGCACUAGACAAGCAGUUGUUUCAACAAAUCAAGAACGUCGAAGAAGAUGCGCUUCUUGCACUCUUGUUGUCGAUGCUUCCCAACCUCACGACUUUGGACCUAGUCCCUUGGUUACCUAGUUUUUUGGGUCAAGUCUAUCAACUUCUGGUUCAAUGGACUAUGUUCUAUAAUGGUCGUGUCCCGCGGACUCUUCCAUCUUCAGGCUCUGGACCAUUUUCCAAAUUGACAAGAGUUACUUUCCAUGAAUACUGCUGGGGCGAGGAUUAUUCAGAGCACUCCGGGAGUGAAGGCUGGAGCGAUCAUGAAGACGAGGUUACACACGAGUACUUGACUAUUCAUAAACUAGUUCCUUUCUUCCAACUUCCGUCUAUGAGAGUUUUGGAAUGUAGGAAAAUUACUUCUCGGGGUACGGGCUACGAUUUACUGGAUCUCCCUGUCGGGUGUUCGGGCAUAGAGGAGUUGAGUUUCAAUAACUCGUCGUUGGAUGAUAGAAGUCUACAGGCUAUGAUAGCUGCUUGCAAGGGAAUGACAUCUUUUCAUUUCCAGGCUGCUGGUGAUCAGUUUGGGUACCAGCCGCUCACUUCUCCGGGGCUGGGUCAAGCGUUGGAAACCCAGUCGAAUACCCUCACGAAGCUGAGCAUUCGUACAGGUAAUGUGUUCUUCACAAACAACGGCAGGGACCUGAGAGACAUUAAUGUGGGCACCAUCGGAUCGUCCCUUGUCUCCCUCACAAAAUUGAGGGAUCUCGAAGUACCGGGGACUCUGUUAUGGGGCUAUCAUCCCGAAGCCGUUUCCGCAUGCGAAAUUCAGAAAAAUAGUCCUUUGUUCAUCGACCUCUCUCCUUUCGCCAACCUGACAGAAAUCCUACCGCGAAGCUUGGAGAGGCUCUGUGUAGACGAAUGGUAUAAGAACAUCGACAAGAGCAUGGAAGAUUUCGCAAGGUGUUGUGGAGAUACUAGGUUAUUUGGGAAUAUGAAUAGUUUGGAAGUUGGAUUGAGCAAUACGAAAGUGCUCGAGGAGAUUUGUGAGGAGACUGGAGUUCAGCUUGUUGAACGUCCUGGGCUUGGGACUUUUAGUCCGAAUCGGCCGAGGUAG